GGGUGGGGGGGGGAGGAACAUGGCGCAAGCUCUGUCUGAGGAGGAGUUUCAGCGGAUGCAGGCUCAGCUCCUAGAACUUCGGACAAAUAACUACCAGCUUUCAGAUGAACUACGGAAGAAUGGUGUUGAACUUACCAGUCUUCGACAGAAGGUUGCCUACCUGGAUAAGGAGUUGAAUAAAGCUCAAAAGGCACUGCACAAGAGCAAGAAAGCUCAGGAAGUCGAGGUACUCCUGAGUGAAAAUGAGAUGCUACAGGCAAAACUGCACAGCCAGGAAGAAGACUUCCGUUUGCAGAACAGCACACUUAUGGCUGAGUUCAGCAAGCUCUGCAGCCAGAUGGAACAGCUGGAGCGGGAGAAUCAGCAACUGAAGGAAGGGGCUGCUGGAGCAGUGGCCCAUGGGUCACAUGUGGAUGGGGAGUUGCUGAGACUGCAAGCAGAGAACACAGCUUUGCAGAAGAAUGUGGCAGCCCUGCAGGAGCGUUAUGGGAAAGAGGCUAUGAAGUCCUCAUCUGUGAGUGAGGGCCAGGGGGAUCCCCCAAUGGAACCAAUCCCUACAGCUCCGGCCCCCCUGCCACUGGCAGAGGUGGAGUUGAAAUGGGAAAUGGAGAAAGAGGAGAAGAGAUUGCUCUGGGAGCAGCUACAAGGCUUGGAGAGUUCAAAACAGGCCGAAACAUCCAGGCUACAGGAGGAACUAGCUAAGCUUUCUGAGAAACUGAAAAAGAAACAAGAAAGUUUUUGCCGUCUGCAGACAGAGAAGGAGACAUUAUUUAAUGACAGCAGGAACAAAAUAGAGGAGUUACAACAACGAAAGGAAGCUGACCUCAAAGCCCAGUUGGCUCGCACCCAGAAGUUACAGCAGGAACUUGAGGCUGCCAAUCAGAGCUUGGCAGAACUAAGAGAUCAGCGACAGGGAGAACGCCUAGAACAUGCAGCAGCUUUGCGGGCCCUACAAGAUCAGGUGUCCAUCCAGAGUGCAGAUGCGCAGGAACAAGUGGAAGGGCUAUUGGCUGAGAACAAUGCCUUGAGGACUAGCCUGGCUGCUCUGGAGCAGAUCCAAACAGCAAAAACACAGGAACUAAAUAUGCUCCGGGAACAGACCACUGGGCUGGCAGCUGAGUUACAGCAGCGACAGACUGAAUACAAAGAUCUCAUGGGACAGAAAGAUGACCUCAACUCCCAGCUCCAGGAAUCACUAAGAGCCAAUAAUCGGCUGCUGGAACAACUACAAGAUAUAGGACAGGAGAAGGAACAAUUGAUCCAGGACCUCCAGGAGGCACGGAAGAGUGCUGAGAAGCGGAAGGUCAUGCUGGAUGAGCUAGCAAUGGAGACGAUGCAGGAAAAGUCUCAACACAAGGAAGAGCUGGGUGCCAUCCGAUUACGUCAUGAGAAGGAGGUGUUAGGAGUACGUGCCCGCUAUGAGCGUGAGCUCCGAGAGCUGCAUGAGGACAAGAAGCGGCAGGAGGAGGAGCUCCGUGGACAGAUCCGGGAGGAAAAGGCUCGAACCCGGGAGCUGGAAAACCUUCAGCAGAUGGUAGAGGAACUUCAAGCUCAGGUACACUCAAUGGAUGGAGCCAAGGGCUGGUUUGAACGGCGUUUGAAGGAAGCUGAGGAAUCCUUGCAGGAGCAGCAGCAGGAACAAGAGGAAGCUCUGAAGCAGUGCCAGGAGCAGCAUGCUGCUGAGUUGAAGGAUAAGGAGGAGGAGCUACAAGGUGUGCGGGACCAGCUCCAGCAGGCCCAGGAGGAGAGAGAUGACCAUGUGAAGACCAUCAACAGCCUGAAGCAGGAGGUGAAAGACACAGUGGACGGACAGCGGAUCCUGGAGAAGAAGGGCAGUGCUGCACUCAAGGAUCUCAAGCGGCAGUUACACCUGGAGCGGAAACGGGCUGACAAGCUGCAGGAGAGGCUGCAGGACAUCCUCACCAACAGCAAGAGCCGCUCAGGCCUCGAGGAGCUAGUUCUCUCUGAGAUGAACUCACCAAGCCGGACUCAAACAGGGGACAGCAGUAGCAUCUCCUCCUUCAGCUACCGGGAGAUCUUGCGAGAGAAGGAGAGCUCUGCCGCUCCAGCCAGGUCCUUAUCUAGCAGCCCUCAGGCCCAACCCCCUCGGCCAGCAGAGCUAUCAGAUGAAGAAGUAGCUGAACUCUUUCAGCGGUUGGCUGAAACACAACAGGAGAAAUGGAUGCUGGAGGAGAAGGUUAAACAUCUAGAAGUGAGCAGUGCCUCGAUGGCAGAGGACCUUUGCCGGAAGAGUGCCAUCAUUGAGACCUACGUCAUGGACAGCCGGAUUGAUGUAUCUGUGGCAGCAGGCCACACAGACCGAAGUGGGCUGGGCAGUGUCCUAAGAGACCUAGUGAAGCCAGGCGAUGAGAACCUUCGGGAGAUGAACAAAAAGCUGCAGAACAUGCUAGAAGAGCAGCUUACCAAGAAUAUGCAUUUGCACAAGGACAUGGAAGUUCUGUCCCAGGAAAUUGUGCGUCUCAGCAAGGAGUGUGUAGGGUCUCCUGACCCAGACCUACAGCCCGGAGAAGCCAGCUAAAGAUCUGCAGACUGCAACUACUCCUUCCCCUUUCCAGCCCCCAGGAUGCCUUUCCCUUGGGCUGUGGUGGGAAAAUGAAGGCUGGCAUCAAAAUCUAGUAGUUUGGGAGACUGAACAUUAAAGGGGCAAAGGCCUAUGGCUGGUGUUAAUACCUGUCUUAGGGCAAAGGCCCCUAGGGAGUAGGGGUAGGGAAGGGUCCCAAGGGAAGGGCAGAGAAUUCUCCUUCUUAGCCCUAGUCCAGGGGCUUCUGCCUUCAUCUCUGCAUGAGCUCUCCCUCCCAGAGAACAACUCUUUUUUUAAAUUAUUUUAUUUUAUUUUUUAAUUUAUGUUUGAAAGCCUGGCUACUCUACAUUUGGGAAUGGGGAUGUUGGGUGGGGAUGCGGUCCAUGUUCAGCAUUCUAGCAAUAUGUGUGUGCGUGUGUGUAUGUAUGUGUGCUCGCGCGCGCGUGUGUAAAGGCUGUGCAGCCAAAAUACCAUCUGGCCAGACGGGCCCACCCACUGAA